AUGCAUCUCCUGAAUUUAGGGACACUCCGUGCGGACGAAGGCUGGCUCCUGAGAGGUGCUCAAACUAGCACUCUUAGCGACCCCAAACCCGAAGCCAAGAGCCGUGAUCUCAUGUUGCUGGCAUGUUUGAUAGAGCACCCCAUUGAGGGUCUCAUUCUCUUUGAAACAGGGUGUGCUGAAGAUCUUGAAGUUAACUGGGGUGCACCUCUCACUGAUGUGUUCCCGAGAGUCGAGUAUACAGAAGCGCAGAAACUACCUGCCGCGAUCAAGGCGACGGGAAACGAUAUCAAGGAUAUCAAGGCGGUGAUCAUUGGUCACCUUCACCUAGACCAUGCAGGCGGGCUUGAACACUUCAUGGGCACUGAUGUCCCCAUCUACGUGCACGAGGAAGAGUUCAAACAUGCCUGCUGGGCCGUGGCCACCGGAGCAGAUCUCGGUGUCUACAUGCCGCAUUAUCUAGACUUGCAGCGCCUGAAGUGGGAGACGUUCGACGACGACCAUCUGGACAUCUUCCAGGGCAUCACCCUUCAUCACUCACCGGGCCACACGCCAGGGCUCGUCAUCAUGCAGGUAAACUUGGAGAAAGAUGGCACCUUCAUUUGGACCACAGACCAGUUCCACAUCUCGGAGAACUACGAGCUGAAGCAUCCACAUGGCUGGCUGGCGAGGGAUCAUACAGCUUGGAUUCGCAGCCUGAACAUGAUCAAGCGGCUGCAACGGCUCUUCGACGCAAAGUUGAUCUUUGGGCACGACAUGGAUGUUGCAAAGGUGAUGAUUGAGGCAAAACCGUUCUACGAGUAA